AUACAAGGGAAUGGCUGCUCCGGCUCCUGGUGGCGGUGCGCCGUCGCCUCGGAAGUCGGUGUCUCCGCAGAGCACGGGGUUUUCGCAGAUUCAGGCCCGGAAUCUGGGUGAGGGUGGUAGCGCGCAGCAGAUGAGUGUGUUGCUGAGCUGGCAUGAGAAGUUGGUUGAGCUUACGGGUACCGGGUCGAUUGUCCGAGUUAUGACGGAUCGGAGGACGGUUUAA